AUGAGUGAGGUUGCGCCACUCAAUCCAUUCACUGAUCUAGGUGGUGUCGUCUCCUUCACGUCGACGAAAAUCGGUCAUGCUCGGGGGCAACGUCGAGCUGGAGUUGAAGACAACCCUGAGCUAGAAAACAAAUCACAGUCGGUGGCGGUAGGCAGGAGGAAUCCUAUGGACCUGGAGUUGAAUUUAGAAAUGCUCAAGGUACUCCGUCAAGAUGCAGAGACCAGAUGCAACGAGGCUUCCUCCCACGUACAAGAAUUGGAACGUGAACUUCAGUUUGCGGCGUCCCGCGUUCAAAAGUUGGAGCUGGAACUCCAACACGGCUUAGCAAUCAAUGGCGAGCUACAGCAACAAACUGCCCAGCUUCGAAGCGCGCUAGAAGAAAGCAACAACGACAAGGAAUUCUUCUUCCGUGGCUUUCGUGAGCGAGAGGCACAACUGAGAGUGGCAGAAGCGCAAGCGUGUGCUCUAGAGAUUCACACGUCUGAACUCAUCGAUCAAACCCUGCAGGCUUCGACCUCGCAGAGCCAACAACAAUUGAUGGCUACGGUGAAGGAGUCUCUCGGCGUCUGCUCCUUGUGCCAGAAUGAUUACAACAAAGCGAGGCUCCCCUCAAUGUGA